CUCAGAGAUUGUAAAUGGACAGAGAUGAGGGUGGAGUGUUUCCUUCUUCCCUUCCCUCCCUGCCUGUAUAUAAGCAGCUGCGUUCGAGAAGGCAGGAGAAACGAAAGCAUCGUUUGAGCUGCACCUCUGCUUCGACCCUCACCUGCACUACACAACUCAGCUGACACCAUGAGGUCUUGUUUGGUGCCCGUAGCCGUGGUGCUGUGUGUCUUGGUGUGUGUGGCGGAGGCAUAUCCUCCCAAACCUGAACCUCCGGCGGGAGACGCGGGGCCGGAGGAGCUGGCCAAGUACCACACGGCACUGCGCCACUACAUCAACCUGAUCACCAGGCAAAGAUAUGGGAAGAGAUCCUCCCCAGAGGUGGAGAUGGCUGAGCUGCUCUUCGGAGGUGAUGAACAGGACGUGAGGCCACGAAUGGACAGAAUGGAUGAUGGUUUGGCCUGGUAAUUGUCUCUUACUGCAUUCCUGCACUUGUCAUCAUUCCAUCCUUCUUCAUCCUUUUCUCUCUCCACCAUCUCUCUGGAGAAUAAACCAACCAGCCAAAGCAGCAUCAAACUAUUGGCACACGUAACUCUCUCUUUCUUUCUGUCUCCCAUUCUCUUUCUUUUAGAUUGAAUCUCACGCUGUUUUAAAGUUUUCUGUGAAGCGGCAAUUGUAAAUAAUUUGUUACUCACCCAAUUGUGAAUAAUAAAGAAUGUCUAAAUGUGAAAA